AUGCUGGACAAGAUGCAAGGAUGGAAAGAGAAGCUAUUAAAUCAAGCCGGAAAGGAGGUUUUGAUAAAAGCAGUAAUACAGGCGAUUCCUGUCUAUGCUAUGAAUAUCAUUAAAUUUUCCAAAUCCUUUUGUAAGAGAAUUGAAACAGCAAUAGCCAGAUUCUGGUGGACAAGCAAUGGUAAGAAAAGAAGCAUUCACUGGAAGAGUUGGGUAAAAAUGACAAGAAGCAAAAUAAAUGGAGGUUUGGGAUUUAAGGAUUUAGAAUGCCAGAACAUAGCACACCUAGCUAAACAAGCUUGGAGGUUGUUAAAAGAGGAGGAUGCUAUAUGGGUUCGGACUCUAAAGGCCAUUUAUUACCCGAAUUGCAACCUAUGGGAGGCGGGAGUAGGUAGGAAAGGAAGUUGGAGUAUAGGGAAUGAAGCGGAGGUAGAUAUUUGGGAAGACAAUUGGACGGUAGGGAUAGGAAAAUUGGGAAGAGGCGGAGCAGGAGGUAUUAGAAAAGUGAGUGAGCUGAUUAGAGAAGGGGAGGGUUGGGAUAGGAACAAGAUUAAAGAAAUAUUUCAUGGAAGCGUAGCUGAACUAAUAACUAAGACUCCUAUUAGCCUGAUCAACAAGAAGGAUCACCUUGUUUGGCAGCACAGAAAGGAUGGAUGA